AUGGUAAAAUUCCUCAAGGUCGGCCGUGUGGCCAUUAUCACUCGAGGCCGAUAUGCCGGAAAGAAGGUUGUCAUCAUCCAGCCUGUCGACAACGGCUCAAAGACCCACACUUUCUCAUAUGCUCUCGUAGCGGGCAUCGAACGAUACCCAUCCAAAGUCACCCGCCGCAUGGGCAAGAAGCGAGUCGAGAAGCGAUCAAAAGUCAAGCCAUUCAUCAAGCUUGUCAACUACAACCACAUCAUGCCCACACGAUACACGCUAGAGCUGGAAGGAUUGAAGAACGUCAUCUCCAACGACACAUUCAAGGAGGUUUCGCAGAGAGAAGAUGCCAAGAAGAACGUCAAGAAGGCACUGGAGGAGAGAUACCUAAGCGGCAAGAACCGAUGGUUCUUCACCCCUCUGAGAUUUUAG